AUGCCUCGAGUCUUCCUUAUCACCGGCACGUCGACCGGCUUUGGUCACGACUACGCCCAAGAAGUUCUGGACCGCGGCGACAUUGUGGCCGCCACAGCCCGCGACCCGUCACAACUGUCUUUCACCAACACCAGCCCCGAAACGUACCUGGCACUCCGCCUCGACGUCACGGAUAAGGACUCAAUCAAGCAAGCCUUCUCCCAGACGCUCAAGAAAUUUGGCCGCAUCGACGUGGUGGUAAACAACGCAGGCUACGGUCUCUCGGGCUGUUUCGAAGAGUGCACUGACGAGGAGAUCCGACGGCAGAUGGACAUUAACCUCUUUGGACUGCUGGACGUAACCCGCGAGGCGUUGGAGACUAUGAGGGAUAAGCAGAGACCCCAGGGCGGGUUGAUUCAGCAGAUCACGAGUAUUGGUGGCCAGAGGGGGGUGCCGUUCUUCAGCAUCUAUUGUGCCAGUAAGUGGGCCGUCGAGGGCUUCACAGAGGCUCUCAGCCAUGAGAUGAAGCCCGAGUGGGGGAUUAAGUUCACUCUGAUCGAGCCGGGCGGGUUCAGAACAGACUGGGCCGGCCGUUCCAUGACCUUCGCUAAACGCCAUCCCGCAUAUGACCAUCUCAAUGCCGAGAUACACAUGACCGCCCGCCACGGCACGCAGGCAGGGGACCCUAAUAAGGGCGCAAAGGCGAUGUACGAGCUGGCUGUGAUGCCCAGCCCGCCCUUGCGGGUCGUCAUCGGCACCGACGCGUACAAGGCGGUCAUGAACAAGCUAGAGCAAUACGAACAAAACUACACACAAUACGCCGUGCUGAGUAAUUCGACGGAUGUGGACGGCUAUGUGGCGCCGCAAUAA